CUGUCGUGUUGUGUUGUGUUGACUGUUGACGUUUGCGUUGAUUGAUUGAGCUAGGUUCGGGAAUUAGAAAUUUGUUUAUCGUUCGUUUCAGGUUUCAGUCCAGUGGCACUGUCAGUGGGCCUUUGGCUGAAAAGAAAGUGUGACUUAUAAUUGAAGUAGAUGGUCAAUUAGUCUCGUUUAAGUGUUAACUUUCAGGCGUAGCCCACUGUUAUUCAAAUCUAUGGUUUUAAACUUAGGGUAGGUUAGAAAAGUAAACAUUCACAGUUAAGUUUAAUUGAAGUAGUGCGUUUUUUAAACAAAUAUUAUAAGGAAUCUAAGAUAAUGCCAGGAAAUAUAUAUGGAGGGAUCGAGGGAGGUGCCAGUGGAUCUUGUGCAGUUUUAUACAAUGAAAAGGGUGAAGAACUAGCCAUGGUGCGAGGACCCCACACAAACCACUGGCUCUUGGGGUUGGAAGGGUGUCAUCAAAGACUUCAAGAUUUAGUAGUCACUGCUCUUAAAGAGGCCAAGGUACCUCCCAGCACAAAACUGAAUACAUUAGGGCUGAGCCUGAGUGGAUGUGAAGGGGAUGACAGUUGUGAAGAGAUGAAGCAGGGGAUGGCUGAGAAAUACCCAAACCUGAGUGAACAUUACGUGGUCUGGAGUGACACUGUCGCUCCCGUCAUUGUGGCUCAUGAGGAAGGUGGUGUAGUGUUGAUAUCAGGAACGGGAACUAACGCACUCCUCAUCAACCCCGAUGGUAGCCAGAGUCGUUGCGGAGGUUGGGGCUUCCUGUUAGGCGAUGAGGGGGGAGCUUUUUGGAUAGCACACAAACUGAUUAAAGUCUACAUAGAUGAACAAGACAAGCUGGAAAAACCUCCAAAAAACUACAGCACCCAAAAAGCAUGGGAGUGUGUUCAAAAGACCCUUAUGGUAAAAGACAGGUUUGACCUGCUGCCUCACUUUUAUCGCAACUUUGAAAAGUCAGAGAUAGCUGGACUGACAAAAGAGUUUGCGGACGUAGCUCGCCAAGGCGACCCACUUUGCCAGUGGGCAUUUAGUGAGGCGGGACGAGCCUUGGCCAAACAUUUGCUAGCCAUCAGUCCAGAUGCCGACAAGAGUCUAUUAGAAUGUGAGGGCGGUCUACCAGUUGUAUGCGUCGGUUCCGUUUGGAGAAGCUGGGAUCUUUUAAAACCAGGAUUUCUGGACCAAUUGAACUCGGCUGACGAGAAGAACUGCUUAAAAGAAGCAUCACUAAUACAUCUCAAAACAUCAGUGGCGUCUGGCGCCACAUACCUCGCGGCAAAAACGCACGGCUACCAUUUCCCUAGAAACCACUCCGACACUUAUGAGGUAUUCUUCCACUACGUUCGGGAAUAGUCGACAAAGAAACAAAUUGACUUAGAAUGUAAACUGUGAUAGUACUACAUUUAAAAUCUCAUAAUCGAAUGCUCAAAGUGGCUGUUAAAUUGUACGGUAAUUUUAGAGUGAAAUAAUCUAAUAUAUAAAAUUCUCGUGUCACAGUGUUUGUCUGCAAACUCCUCCGGAACGACUUCACC